UAGAUUUUUAAUAAUCUUACCAGUCAGAAGUAGAAAAAAUAACUUACUCUAGAUGUCUUAUUAGGGACCCCUACUAUGUUUUACCACCCAAAAUGUAAAUGUCAUGCAGUCCGGGGGUAACCCUAUAUUUGAAUUUUUUCAUUAAUUUUUUUAAAUUUAAAAACUAUUAUCGUAUAAUCCAAUUCGCUGAUGAGAAAAAGACCUGGUCAACUGACGUUAGAGCUUCCAGCCUGAGGUCACGGGAACCUUUUGCUAGGUCGCUGUGUUCCCUGGUUUGUGCAGUUGUUUGCUUUAUUGGUCCGAUCGACCUCUAUUGAUCCUUCAUGAACUACACUUGACAAUCAACAACCUCUGUACCAAACAGACUUUUGAAUCUCUCUGGACUUCACAGGAUAAUCAUAACAAGCUUUAAUGAUAAUGUUGCAGUCAAUGUCAGAGCAUAAAGAGAACGGGAUCAUACCAAAUACAGAAUUGAGAAGCAGCACUAUCUAGUUACAGCAUACUCAUUAAGUUAAGUCUCCAUAACUGUAUUAAAUGUAUUAUCAACAUUCAUGUAUUUUAAUAUAUGUUGAAUAACAGUUUCAGUUUUAUGGUGAUUUAUGAUGUAAACAAUAAUCGUCUCAUUGACUGCAACAGUCUCAAAAUGAUGUAGCCCAGUCAUUGCACUUCCUUCUUGGAGCACACUUUUGUACACGAGGUGUGUGUGUACAUGUAUAGUAUUCUUCUAUGGGCCAAUCUUUGACAAGACAUUUAUCUUGUGAGGAUGUUAGAUAAGGUUUCGAGGGUAACAUUUUUAUUUAUUUAUUUAGGUUUGGUUCAGAGUCCUGUUUAAGGGCAGACAUUUUUUUCAGAUGGUUAGGUUUAAGGUGAGAGGCUGGGGAACACAUUAUGACCUUGAGAGGUCCUCGCAAAAAUAGAGAUACCAACAUGAGUGUGUAGAUUUAUUUUAUCUAUGACUGUGAGGACCAAUUAUUGGCAAAACACCUCCUUGUGAGGGUUUGAGGUUGAAGACUGUGUAGGUUAUUAUAAUGGGGUUCAGGUUUGGUUAAGGGUCAUGGCUUUGGUCAUCUGUCAUGGAUGGUUACGUUCAGGGUGAGAGGCUGAGGAAAGCAUUAUAUCAUUGAGAGUCUGGUGGGAGAAAACCAGUGGCAUUGUUAACAAAAAAUAAAUAAUUUUUAAACCGAUAAUGAUUGAUGGAAUUUAAAAUAAAAAAAACUACGUAUGAUAUAAACCCUCUCCAUGUUUGAGAAGAAACUGCAAACGUCAUUAUUCCGUCUUUGGCACAAUUUAUUUUGCAUGUUAAGCGUUUAGCGUUCCGUUUAAACUGCAAUCCUCACAGGACAUUUGCUCUUCAAGCUGAAAGUUUACUCUUUUGAUUCACUGGCGGAACGUAUGACCACGGGACCAAUGGAGACGACAACCUUGGCCUCAUUCAUAUGCUCGGAAACCUCCACAUCUCGCCCUGCAAACAAGGACGGCUGGCAGGAGCGGCCGCUACCAGGGGAGCACACGGCGGUGCUGCAGUGGAUGUACACCUGAACACCAAGUAAAAACAUUAAAGGCCCAUCCUGAAAAGUACUCAGACGGAGAAUACUUCAAAAUACCUGUGUCCUCAAAGGCUCCAGGGAGCUAGUGUCCACAAAGGCACCCAUCAACCAGAAGGUUCCACUGAGGCAAGGUGUGAGGAUCUGGAUUGGUGGUGGUCCAGCAGCGGCCAAGGGUCAAAACAAGGCUGGGAUCUGUUUUCUCCAGGAGCUGCACUUCCACAUAUACGGGAUCCCUCAGUACUUUGGUCACCGGAUAGUCACUCUGCACGUAGAAGGAGUUGUAGGCCGCUUCGACUGUGCCAGUGAGAUCAGAUCAGUCAGGUAUCAUUCUGGAUAUUUGCAUGUUGAAUGCAAAACUCACCCUCGUUACAACCCUUAGCAUUGCACUCUCCAUUCCCAAGCCUCAGUGCCACUCUGAUGGGCCCAAAUUCGGCCACUGACAGCGGUGGGGUGAGUAUUGGGAAGACCUCCACUACCACCGUUUCAACAGACGUACCCACAUACCGACACUGGAACAUCAAACUGAGGAGCGAAAGAGUUUCACGAAUGGUUUGAUGGUUCCAACGACUCACACUUACUCAUAGUGGGUAUCUCUGGUGAUGACGCCGAAAGGCCCGACGCCAACUUCCAACGAUGAAAACAUUCUGUUCUCAUAGAUUAUAACUCCUGGCUCCUCCUGCGAGUAUUAAAAGAAAUAUUGGUUGAGGCGAUACAAAUCUCUGAGAGGCCAUUCUUUGUAGAAAGAAGAUCACCAUGACAACAGCGCCACAGCUGGUAACUGGGAACUGGUAGAUGGCGAAGGCGGAGUUGGACGCAACAUGAGUGCAACCAUGCCCUCCAGCCAGCAGCGAGAUGGAUUCAAGGUCAAUGUUGGGCAAAGUGGCAUCUCUGGCCACGACCACGAUGAACUGGCCGUCCUUGGUGCACUGCACGGUCACUGGAGGCACAACAUCAGAUGCACAUAUUGCCAUCCCAGUCUUUUUCAUGAAAAUGCAACACGUGCUGGGCUCCUUGCCCCUACAAUGAAUUUGAGAGAUAUCUAUGAGAAGGAGAAGGUCCUGUUAUUAACUUACCAGCUUUUCCAAAAUAGCACUGGUGCCCAUCGUGGCAGCAGCUGAUAGCUUCACAAUGAGCAGCAGAUAUUCCAGCACCGCCGCAUGGAACUCUCUGUCCUUCCGCAAUGUUGCAACUGUCAAAGACUCCACCUCUCUAAAUGAAAAAGAGCAAAUCAGAAAGGAGCCACUUUCCCAAGGCCUCUGAUGAAACAGUUUGACACGAGCAGUGAGCAAAUGGCAUUCAACUAUUCUUUUGACAACCUGAACUUGUUGCCACUAAAACACUCCCAAAGGUCUCUGUAACCUUAAAGGUUCAGCCAAAUGUUUAUUUAUUGUGUAAUGUUCCCUUUUAUUUGUUCAUUUGGCAGCUGGAAAAAUAUCUAAAUGCUCCAUUUCCAAGUCACUUUUUUAAGUUACCAACAUCACUCUGUCCUUUCACCCUGUCAUAUCACACAAAAUGUGCUUCAUAUUUCAUAUUAUCAUAUUAAUAUAGAUACUUUACUGGUUUCUACACCACAUACUUUGUUGGAUAAAUCUGAAGAACUUCAGUAUUGAACUAUAAUGUGCCAUUAUCUUGGUAACGGUUUCCUACAUGCAGUGAUCCGGGUCAGCAAAAUGGAAUGAAUAUUAUUAAAGAUGUAUUGCUCAUGGAGUGUUAGUCAUUAGAAGACCAGUCUCCCUCUGCUGGUCAUUAACGACUGUCUUCUUCCUGCAGCAGAUGAUGACUGAAAUUUGUAUUUCAAGACUCACUGGUGUCAUUGUCCGUGCCAAAACUCUUCAUGUGAGAGCCUCAACCACAUGCUAAAUAAAUGCUGUUUCUGUCCAUAAUUCUGCAUUAUUUUUGUGCCGACAGCAUGUUGUUAAGAAUUCUAUCAAAUAACAAGCCUAUUCAUUUAUUUUUAUACAACAAAAAAACUUUUUAGUUUUAAAAAGUAGAGCGCUUAUUUGCAGAUUGGACUAUUCCUUCAAAAAGCUCCAACUUACCCAACUACAUAUCCCAUAAUGCCAUUCGGUCACUGAGUCACUGAGGUCCGCACCGCAAGAGCGACCGUGUGGGAACAGGAGCGGACUUUCCCUGGCUGCAAUGUCCGUAUCGUCCCGUCUGAGCCCCGAGCCCUGCACCAUGAGGAGAAUACCACCGGAGAGCAGACGAGAUGUUUCCAUGGAUCCAGGCCAUCCUGCAGAUCCCGGCCAUGACCAGAAACCCAGUUCUUCAGGGGCUCACACUUACUCACCCCUGCUUUACUGUAAAUGCGCUACAAUAUGUGCGAGUAAAGGCCCUGCAGCACUUGCUUGCCCAAGCUGUUAUGUUUGUGAAGAGGGCUGGGAAGAGCUGCCCAGCAGCAGGACCCUCCGAGCAGAGAACCAAGUGGAAGCUAACAAACUGGCCAACAACUACAGAUUUGGUUUCAGAAAAUGGAAGAGUCAUGUGACGGAGCGGCCAUUUGAGGAUCGGUCUGAGGUGGUGAAGGAGCUCUACUCCGAGCUGAACGUCAUCAAACCUGAUGUUGCCCCAGGUCGUCCCAUCACUUGUGGAAAUGUGGCGUACGUGAUUCUCUUUGGCUGGUGGGUGGCUGUGAUGUACCUGCUGGUUAGUGUUCUGAUGUUUAUCUCCGUCGUCGGCGUCAGUUACGGAAAGCUUUGCUGGAAGUUGUCCUGCUACUUCCUGUGGCCGUUUGGAAAAUCCAUCCAUGAGAUUGGGAAAACAAUAAGACGAUGUUGUGAUCGGACGCCGGACUGUGAGUGUCUCAGGGAGGAGGAAGACCACGCGUCUAUUCUGCUGCCCCCACCGACAGAGCCGUCCUUCCCAGUAGCUCCAGGACGAGCAGCUCCUUCACCUUACUGGCAUCGCUUCUCCACCUACGUGUGGCUGCUUCUGGGGUUCACUCCACUGCUGGUCGUCCACGCUCUGGUCUGCUUCCUCGCCUGGAUCUUGAUCUUUACCAUCCCUGUGGCCAAAAUGAACGCUCGCACUCUCAGCGUGGUUCUCCUCCUGCCCCCCGAGGAUGUGUAUGUCUCAACCUCCUCCGAAAAAACGAGUCGUAGCCAUGACAACAGAGCGCUGCUGUGCUGCUACAACGCCGUGAACUGGUACUACUACAAGUACACAGUCGAUGGCAUCAACGUGUUUGCUGUCAACCUGCUUCCUCUGGUCAUCAUCGCUCUGGUGAUGGGUUACACUGAUACAGAAAACCACUACACCAGCCCUGAAGUCAAAUUUGCUAUAGCUUUGGGAUCCAUCAUACCUCUGUCCUACUACAUUGGUAUGGGCAUAGCCAGCAUCUCCGCGCAGAGCAACUUCGCUGUGGGAGCUGUGGUCAACGCCACCUUCGGCUCCAUCACCGAGUUGACUUUUUACAUCACGGCCUUGCUCAAGGGUCACCAGGCGGCCAAUAUGUGUCUGCAGGAGGUGGUGAAGUCGGCAUUGACUGGAACACUUCUUGGCUGCAUCCUCUUCAUCCCUGGCAUCUGUAUGGUGAUCGGAGGCCUGCGACACAGUGAGCAGCGAUUCAGCAGUCGCUGCACAGGAGUGAGCUCCUCGCUGCUCUUCAUCUCUGUAGGAGGUGUCUUUGCCCCGACGCUGUUCUCCAAGGCUUAUGGAAACCUGGUGUGUAACUCCUGCAGCAACGCCACUGGCGGGAGCAGCAGUGCCACGUUUGUCUGCAAAAACUGUCAUUAUGAUCUGAGCAACGGUACGCUGUUCCGUGACCAUGUUGAGCCUUUGGUGUACUCUGUGUCGGCCCUCCUGCCAGCCGCCUACCUCAUCGGACUGAUCUUCACUCUGAAGACUCAUUCCCAUAUUUAUGACGUCCAUGUUGAAGGCGGAGAAGCACAGGGCCACCAUGGCGCAGUGGCCCACUGGUCAAGGUGGAGGUCUUUAGCCAUCCUUCUUGUGGCCACUGUGCUGACCUCUGCCUGUGCUGACCUCAUCACUGAGCACAUUCAGCCAAUCCUGAACCAGCCCAACAUCUCCCAGUAUUUCAUUGGGGUCACUGUGCUGGCGAUGGCGCCUGAAAUCCCGGAGAUAGUUAAUGGCAUCCAGUUUGCUCUCCAGAACAACAUCAGUCUCAGCCUGCAGGUGGGAAGCUGCAUCGCAGUCCAAGUCUGCAUGCUGCAGAUCCCAAUCCUGGUCUUGUUCAAUGCCAUUUACGAUGUUGGAUUUGUGCUCCUGUUUAGCGACUUGCACCUUUGGGCGAGCAUCUUCAGUGUCAUCCUUGUCAACUACAUUUUCAUGGAUGGGAAGUCGGAUUAUUUUCAGGGUACCGCACUGGUGGUGGUCUAUCUCAUCCUUCUGGCUCUUUACUUCUAUGCUCCCUCGCCGACAAACUGUUGAAGAGGAUGUUAAUGAGACACAAAGCCACAUAUUUAUUAAGUGUAGGACAACAGAAGUGGUUAAAGCUGCAGCGUCAAGAUAAGGACCAGGGAGCUACACCCCACCGUCUCUCCUCCCAGCCUGCCAGUCGUGACCUCAGUUCAAAAAUGUCAUGCUAAGGAUGAGGACAGUGAUGCCUUCUGGUGUGUCAACAAACAGUGUGUGAAGUCAUAGUCCCGCUUGCUGCUGCUGACCAUGGUCAGAUUGAGUCAUGAGCCAUCUGUUUAUCUCACGCUCCAUCCAUCCCCCUGCUCUGUUUGGCCUAAGGCCUCCACGUGGGGCAGGAAACUCUUCCCCCACGAGAAGUGGACAACCUCAUUGUUAAUCUGGAAUUAACAGAGAAAGUGUUUUUUUAACAAAUAUAUAUUACAAGUGACAUGUCUAGCUUUUCGUGUUGAUCUUUUAAGAUGCAGUCUCUAUGCACAAAUGUGGAUUCCAAUAGCUUUUCUUUGUCUUUGGUGUUGAGUUUCACACAAGAAAAUCAGCUGCCUGUGUUUUUUAUUGUUUGUACAGAGCAUUAAAUACAUUACUAUCACAGUAACUUGGGAAACAUUCAGCUUUUCUUUCAGUUCACAUGCAUGCAUGACUUACUGACAUGCAGAACAUCAUCCAAAUUUUAUUAACGUCAAAAAAACAAAAAAAUGAAGGCAGCACCAGAAGUAAAUCUGAUCUGUUGAAGACAGUUGAAGAACAAAAAUGAUUUGAUUACAGAGUAGCACCGGUCCAUCUUGUUCUCCUGUCUCA